UUUGGGAUGAAGCCGCCGGAGGAGCCGUUCGGAGCCGCCCGGACGGGCCCGGAGGACUCCAAGGCCCUGGGCAGCCCCUGCGCCGUGGAGCCCGGGCGGGUGAGCAAGGUGGAGCCCGAGGAGAAGCCCGGGAUCGGCGCCGGCUCCCUGGAGCUGUUCCCGGCCGCCGGCAGCAGCUCCGGCCGCUGGUUCCCCGGCGGGCAGCGCGGCCCCGAGCCCCCCCGGGACCCCCCGGCCCCCCGCGCCGGCUGCUGGGGGGCCCAGGGGGGCGUCCCCGGCCCCUUCCGCUGCGGCCAGUGCGGGAAGGGCUUCCGGCAGAAGCAGAGCCUGGUGACGCACGAGCGGAUCCACACCGGGGAGAAGCCGUUCCGCUGCGGGGACUGCGGGAAGAGCUUCAGCCAGCGGCCCAACCUGCUCACGCACCGGCGGGUGCACACGGGCGAGCGGCCCUUCCCCUGCGCCCAGUGCGGCAAGAGCUUCUCACAGAAGGCCAACCUGCUGGCCCACCAGCGCAUCCACGGCGCCCACCCCGAGGAGGGCAAGGCGCGGGCGCGGCCGGCGCGGGGCUGCGCCGAGGACACGCCCUUCGUGUGCCCCGAGUGCGGGAAGAGCUUCCGGCAGAAGCCCAACCUGAUCACGCACCGGCGCAUCCACACGGGCGAGCGGCCCUUCUCCUGCUUCCUGUGCGGCCGCAGCUUCAACCAGAAAACCAACCUGGUGACGCACUACCGGGUGCACACAGGUGAGCGGCCCUUCGCCUGCGCCCAGUGCGGGAAGCGCUUCACCCAGAAAACCAACCUGGUCACGCACCAGAGCACCCACACCGACCUGCGCCCCUUCCCCUGCGCCCAGUGCCACAAGUGCUUCAAGGACAAGGUGUCCCUCAAGGCCCACCAGAAGACGCACGUCCCCCGCCAGCGCCGCUGCCUGGCGCGCGGCCCGGCCCCCGCCGCGCCCUUCGGGGCCGCGCCCGCCCUGCUGCCCCCCGCGCCCGCCCCGCAGGACCCCCCCUUCGCCCCGCUCCCGCCCGCCCCGAAGCCCCCCGAGGGCGCCGAGCUGUUCCCCUGCGAGGAGAAGGGCUUCCCCCCCCAGCCCCCGGGCGAGCCCCCCUUCCCCUGCGCCCACUGCGGCGACGGCUUCUGCCCCAAGGUGCCCCUGCUGCGGCCCCCCGAGGCGCCCCCAAACUUCUCCCCCGGCCCCCCCCUCCUGGGGCCCCCGGGGGCGCAGCCGGGGCUGGGGGAUGCCGCGGCCCCCCCCGAGAAGCCCUUCAUCUGCAACCAGUGCGGGAACAGCUUCGGGCUCUGGCUCGCCCUCGUCGCCCACCAGAAGAGCCACGCGGGGCACAAGCCGUGCCCCGGGGCCCCCCCCGAGCCCGCUCCCGGCGCGGAGCUGCCCCCCGGGUCCCCCCCGGCGCGGGCGGGCGAGGCCCGGCCCUGGCCGUGCCCCGAGUGCGGGCGCAGCCUGGCGCAGUGCGAGCGGCUGCUGCGGCACGGGCACGGCGCCGGCGGGCGCGGCCCCUUCCGCUGCGACACCUGCGGGAAGCGCUUCAGCCUCAAAACCAACCUGGCCACACACCAGCGCAUCCACACAGGUGAGCGGCCCUUCACCUGCGGCGUCUGCGGCCGCCGCUUCAACCAGAAGGGCAACCUGGUGACGCACUACCGGGUGCACACGGGCGAGCGGCCCUUCGCCUGCGCCCAGUGCGGGAAGCGCUUCGCGCAGAAGCCCAACCUGCUGGCCCACCAGAAGACCCACCUGGGCCGCCAGCCCUUCACCUGCCUCGAGUGCCCCAAGCGCUUCAAGAGCAAACUGUCCCUGCGGGUGCACCAGCGGGUGCACGCGGGGCCCCCCGGCACGGCCCCCGGCGCCGCGGACCCCGCCGGGGCCCCCUUCCCCUGCGGGCCCUGCGGGGAGGCCUGCGGCGAGCACGGGGGGCCGCCCGUGAACCCGCGCGGGCGGCCCCACUCCUGCCCCGAGCAGCGCCGCCCCUGCGCCGAGCACCACCACCACCCCUGCACGGAGCAGCACCGCGCCUGUGCCGAGCAGCUGCACGCCUGCGCCAAGUGCCCCUGCGCCAAGCGGCUGCACCCCUGCCUCGAGCAGCCCCGGCCCUGCGGCGAGCAGCCCCACGCCUGCGAGCGGCCCCACGCCUGCGAGCGGCCCCACGUCUGCGCCGAGCAGCCCCACGCCUGCGAGCGGCCCCACAGCUGCGCCGAGCAGCUGCACCCCUGCGCCGGGUGUCCCCGCGCCUGUGCCGAGCGGCCCCACGCCUGCACCAAGCAGCCCCACGGCUGCGCCGAGCACCCCCACGCCUGCGUGGAGCAGCCCCACGCCUGCGGCGAGUGCCCCCACGCCUGUGCCGAGCGGCCCCACCCCUGCGAGCAGCCCCUGCCCUGCGCCGAGCAGCCCCAGCCGUGCCCCGAGUGCCCCCACGGCUGCGCCGAGCGGCCGCACACGUGCGCCGAGUGCGGGAAGCGGUUCCGGCAGAAGGUGAACCUGGCCGUGCACCUGCGCACGCACACGGGGGAGCGCCCGUUCCGCUGCGCCGACUGCGGCAAGGGCUUCAGCCAGAAGGCCCAUCUGCUGCGGCACCGCCGCACCCACGGCGCCGGCCUCGCGCCCGCCUGCUCCGCCGGGGACCCCCUGGGCAAGGGCCCGGAGCCCCCGGCCCUGCUGCUGCCCCCCUGCUCCCGCGGGGCCCCCCCGGCCCGGCCCGACAGCCCCUCGGGCGCCGCCGACAUCCUCCUGCAGCUCAUGCAGGACGAGCACCCCCCGGGCCCCGGAGCCCCCCCGGUGCCCCCGUGCAAGUGCCCGGGGGAGGGUCCGGGCCCCAGGGCGCCGGGGCUGCCCCCCCCGUGCUGCUGUGCCGCCUGCCUGGCCCCCCGCCCCCCCGAGCCCCCCCGGGGGCAGCUCUGGGCCAAGGCCGGGGGCUGCGCGCGGGCCUUCGAGGAGAAGCGCGUGCCGGGAAUGCCGGGAACGCCGGGAGUGCCGGAGCAGGAGCACAUCGAGGAAAAACCGGCCCCGUGUCCCGGCUGUCUGUAACCCCCCCGGGACCCUCGUGGGGAUGUGCUCCAGGACGCACGCUGGGGCCCCUGCCAGGACCCCCACCCCUGCCCCCGCACUAGGACCUGCCCUGGCUGCCUGGGACCCCCCUGCACUGGGACCCCCACCAGGACCCCCACGGGCAAGGGCCGGCCCUCAGCUCCCACACUCACCCACAGCGGACCCUGACGAGGACGGAGCCGAGGGGUCAGAGCUGAGGGGUCAGAGCCAGGGUGACGCCUCUGGCUGGACAUGACACUGGGACUUGGAGGAGCCUGGUGGGGAUUGGAUGGGGCAAAACAGAGCCAGACUGGGACACGGCCCAUUUCUGGCUCGGGAAGACACCAAAGGACUGGAGGGGGUGCCACUGGACCUGGAUCUGCCACAUUGGCUCCGGCCACAUAGACUGGGAAGAGCUGGAUCCAGUGGCUUAAAAGUUGCAUCCUCUGGAGGCAGCCACAGGGGCGAGAGGGCUCCAACUGCUUCCAGAACCUUCCAGGCUGUUCCAGAGUGGAUGGCAUUCCACAAGGACAUGGUUGGGACGGAAGAGCCAAGCCCUGCCACUGCAGGAGUCUUGAGGCCCUUUCUCCUGUUGGAUGACCUGGGAUCCCCAGUCCAGCUCCAUAUAGAGGAGCUGGGAGAGCACUGGGAAAACAGCCAGGAAAAUGGCUUGGAAAGGGUCAGCUCUGCUUCCAGAAGGGACCUGGAGAUGCCUCUGGUCCGGGGGGGCGGGGGGGGCAGCUUGUGCUUCUGCUUGCUCUGGAUAACUGUGCUUUGGGACUUGAUAUUGGUGGGGGCUGGGGGGGCUUCCAGGGGCGUGGGGGGCAUGGGAUGCUUGUUGGGCUUUGCUUGGCAUCUCUGUGUCCCCCCUGGUGUGACAGAGCCAGUGGCCAGGGGGCUGCAGCCUCGGGCAGAGCUCUGGCCACGGGCACCGGGAUCUGCCAUUGCUUCAUCCCAAAGGGAAUAGGAUCUUCUGAGGGGACCAACGCGGGGCAGCCACCACUGGAGCCCCAGCCGGGCGGGGGGUCCCGCCCCAGCCCUCUUCUUCCCCAGCUCUGCUCUCUGCAAUUCUAUUUUUUGAGGUUAUUUAAAAUAAAAGCUUCUGAUGGCUCCA